CGCUCGCUCCCCCUCCACAAUUCUCGGCCAGCCGGACGAGGCUCGGGAGUCGGAGCUUAUAACUCUUAUAAUGCCUCUAAUAGGCGCGCCCCAUACCAACCAAGCAGCCCUGUUCUGCGGCGCGUCAAUGUCAUUUCCGGGUCUUCCGCCCAUUUGUUGCUUCUCCUCCGCUCUUCUGUCUGUUGAUUUGCGGCUUUGUUUCCCAAAAGUGGGCUUUGCUUGUUCAAGGCGCGCGAAGAGGGACGUCGCGCUUUACCAGAGCGUCGAUCAGGCCGUUGCUUGUUUUGACGUCUAUCCGUCUUCUCUGUCUCCUUUCCUUCUUCAUCAUUCCUCCUCGUCGUUGCCUUUGCUGCUGUCGUCAUGCCACUGGCCUUCCCCUGGACCAACGACGCCCUUCGAAACAACAAGCUCUACUCCCGGAUUGUCAUAUAACGACAGGACCUUACAGACAGAAGGUCAUUCGAGAGCGACUGGACGAGACGUGUUUAUGUCCUUACUUCCAGAUCUUUCCAUCCCCAUGGCAGCUCAUGGCAGCCGACCAUAUCAUGGGAAUCCAGGCCCUUUCCAUCCUAUUAACAGCGGUUCUUACCAUGGUGAAUACUCAUAGCUUCAUGCAAUCAGUUCCUGUAUCGUAGGUGCUCCCUCUAUGAAACGUGAACAGUACUUACAGCCAAAGCAAUCCAACCCUACAAAGGAUUCGACUUUACAUCGUCCCGGACAUAUUCGAACAUAGGCCACAGCCGUUAGCUACCAAGAGAUCCGGACAAAAGCCAAAUCCUCUCCAACCGUGGACACCUCUCAGACUCAGACCCUCAAUUUAUCCCGCAAAAGACAUUGAGCACCGGACUGGUCAAAAGCUAGGAACUUAAGAUCAUGUCAUUGAUCUAAUCUGUUUCAUGAAUAUGGCUUCUAUGGUAUCUGGUUACGUGAUCAAAGGAUGUAAGAGGUGGUCAAACAAGAAAAGGAAAGGAUAUAUGGCGCUCCACCAUUACAAAAAGAAAA